AAUUAAGAGCUGAUUUAGUGAAUUGGGAGUUGACUCGAUGAAUUGACUGAAGUGGAUUGAAUCGAUUCAUCAAAGUAUAGUUUGAUAGUAAGUGCGAAAUGCAGCUAUUCACACAAGUAGUUUUGACCACGUGCACAAUAUGGGCUUUGACGGGUGCCUCCGUCUUGAACUUGACGCCGUGUUCACCAUCCAUUUACAAAAUUAUGUCUUCGGGAAAAACUCAAGGCAGUAGGACCCGAACGCGGAGUCCAAGAUCCUGUUGCUUUCUGGGAAAAUGGACAUGGUCGCGGUCGUCGUCCCCGGCGCCAUCCAGUGUUUCACCGACCACGUUUUCUCGGAUCUCGGUAUCAUCGAGCUACCACUCGAGUACUUUUGCAGAGACGCAUAAGCCACCAAUGCCCGUAUCGACGGUGACAGCGCAUCCAGUGUCUCUGAACUCGAUGCGUACGACAUCCGUGAACAUGACAUGCUCGGUGACUGGAGACGUAGGUAGUAACUGUUCCGCAAUCUCGCAGCUGUGCAACGCUAUUGUGUACGCGGUCACGAUGAAGCAAUGGCAAAUCGGGUCGGCGCCCGCAACAAACCCUGGUCUGCGUAAGUGGCCACGACGGAGAUUGCCGAAAAAAAUGACCAUGACCACCGGAUAUGUCAAUUGGUUGCCCGGCGGUAACCUGCAGCCAGCGGAUGGUUAUAAGGAUCCGAUCGUAGCGCAGGAGACCAAUCGCGUGGACUACCCGAACGGCUAUCCGUUGGACCUGAGUUCUGACGACAAAGCAAACGCGUUCACCAUCGAUGACAAGACUUACGACGACGACACUGAUCAGCCGGCCACAGUUUGGAAGAUCAACGUGGUGGGCGAGCGUAUGGCUAAACCGGUGGUCAAUGGUCAAACGCAGGACGACAACGACGAGAACGAUGAAGAAACCCUGAUAUAAUGUUGGAUCCAUUUUAGUAAUCGCUGUAGCAAUUUUUAAAACCCUAAGGCUGGGGUCACACGGACGCACUCAGUACGCACGUUGUGACGGACGUAAUAUUUAACAUUAUUAUGUUUAUAAUAAUAAUAAUACUAAUUAUUAUUUUUGUAUUAUAUUAUAAUUACUUGUGGACGGGUUAGGAUCAUCUGGAUGGGAUACAACGUGCGUAUUGUAUAUAUGACAAUGCGGCCGUGUGACCACGCAACCGACGUUCACAUUUAAAACAAUACAAUUUUAAAAUCUCUCAACGACCCUGGAAUUUCUUCACAACACAGGACUACUCACCAAAUUUUUAUCUUUAUACCUAUUAACUGUCUUUAUCUUUUCGUUUUAUGUUUAUUCUAUUUAUAUAUAAAAUGACUAAUCACGUAUAAUACUGUAUAAUAAUAAAUAAUAUUAUGUUUGUCCAAUGGGUUAAGA